AUAUGUGUGGGCGAAGCUGCUCAAUCAUAACUUUAAAACAUCAGUUAUAUUUUACACUCCAAGUUAUAAAUAUUUUCAAAAAAAUUAAUUUCCUAUUUCAUUUCACUCCAAUUUUAAAAAUUAAUUUUCCUAAUAUGCCGCCGCCAUUUUUUGAAUAUUUAAAAAAUCUAAACCAUCUGUUGCGUGGAAGAUUUUAAGUUUUUUUUUAAAAUGUCAGUUGACGUGAAAGCAUGAAAGUUUUGUUAUCGUACCUAGUGAUUUUUAAAUAAGAAAUAUAUAUAUAUAUAUAUGUGUAUAUAUAAGCUGUGUGUUUUUAAAUGACUAUCUCACAUUUAAACUCGGGUAAUUGGAGCAACCAAUGAUUACAAGUUAUUUUUAAAUGACUUUUGAUUAAAAUUGAUAACAAAUUUUUUUUAUCAACCCUUCAGAUAAUUUUCCGUUACCGCGAAGGAAAACGAAAUAGAUGUUUAGUAAUUACGUAAAAUGGAGUAUUUUGUAAAUAAAUAUGUACGGCGAUGUACAAUAGCGAUAUUUGACAUACGAUACUACUGUGAGUCAUACUAAUGUAAGAUAUUUAUGGGUUCUUUUGUAUGUUAUAAAUGCACGAGGUCAUGGUAUGAAAACGCACGUGACGAACGUUGGACAUUUAAAAAAAAAAAAAAGUAACUUGGGUAUAAAGUUUGAAUUUUUAAAAUAAUUGUCAUUGUUGAUGACGUUUAUUAUUUUAAUUACUUGUUAUUAUUGUUAUUGUUUAUUAUUGGAGUAAUAGAAAGGCUGAGUAAGCAAAAAUAAUAAUGGAGGUUAAACCAGUUCCUAAGCCGCGUUCGAUCAUACCAGAACGUCCUGUACCAGCUCCGAGAAAUAUCGGUCUCAAUAAAUCGGUGAAUCAGUCGACGAGAUCACUGAGUCCUAGUGAAUCAUCCAGUCAGUCGGAGAUGAGCGACGACCGCAGAAGCACCGAAUCGCGAAGUAGUUUGACGGAAAAAAAUUUGUUCAAAAAUUUGGGAUCCUCCUCUCGGCAGUUGAAAGAUGAAAUUUCGGAGAAGAUGACAGUAAAAGGCAAAGCGAUGAUCUCGAGUACGCGGAAUGCGAGUAUAAGACUUGAAAAGUCGGUGAAAAAUUUGCUGACCAGAAGAUUGACGAGCCAAGAGGUCGAGGAGAGCAAAAAAAAUGAAGAUGAUGUUGAUCGAUGCGUGUCAAUGCCGGCUUGCGAUGACAUUUUCAAGUCGAUAUCAUUUUACAGUCCGUUGGGGUCCAAUUUGAAGAGCAUGAAAAAUGAACAAGACUUGACUGAAACUCGAUACAGUCCACCACCGCCAGUUUAUCCACCGCCUCCGCUUCCUGAUGAAUCCAUCUAUGACGAGCUUCAAUCCGUCACUUCCGGUAGUAGAUAUGGAACAAUGUCAUCCAGUGUUUCUGAUCGACUUGGAGACUUUCCUGAUGCCAUUAGUUUGCUGACGUUUGCGCAAACCAAAAGUGACUCGGAAUCGAAUCAAAGUUUGAAUUUGUCUGACGCUAACUCUGGUAGUCAGAGCCAAGACAUUUCCAAGAGACUGUCACGCUCGGACUCUUGGACUUUUUAUGACUCUGCGGAUAAAAGUGAUAAGCACGAAACUGAUGGGUUAGAAACGAUAGCUUCAAGUGCUGAAGAAGAAGAACCUAUUCGUGAACGAGUCGCUGAUUCUUCAAACAGUGCCAUGUCUGUUAGAAAUUCUCUGUAUGAAAAUUGGAGCUUGUGGAAGGCUGAUACUGAUAAUGAAAGUAAAAGUGAACCAGGCUGUCCUCCGAGGCACAAUAAAUCUCUGUUGUUUGAAUUUGAUCCCUUUGCUAAGCCAGAGGAAAAUACUUACGGUAAUUACGAGAACAAUGACAUGAUGCUUUUGGAAGCUUUGUUAGCAACUAGCGAGUCUCCGACAAGUGCUGGCAGUAUUACAGAUCUUCAUGAACGGGACGAAGAUACUGGAGAAGAAGACGUUGAAGAACCCAGUAGUCCUGCUCAGAUUUCUUCACCACCAGCUCCUCCAAGACGGUACGACUCCCUUCCGAAAAAUGAGUACGACGAAGUCGAACUCGUCGAAGCCCCAGAGAAAGUGGUGGGUAAAAAUCCAGCGUUGCUGCCGAAGCUAGUUCAUCUUGCCAGGAGAAAACAACCGGCCGUACCACCGAGAAAGUCUUCCGUGAAAGUUUUAGAUGAAUCUGUAGCCGAAGAACCCGGGGCUCAAAAUAAAGUGGAAAAUAAUCAGGUGUCCAAGCCCGCUGAGGAGAGAAAGAAGACGAUGAUGCAGAAAUUGAAGCAACUGAGACACGACUCCACGGCCCAUGUGCGACCCAACGUAAUGAAUUUUAUGAAAAACACAAAAUUACUUCGAACGCGCGACCAGGUGAAAAAAGUUUCCAGUGUUACCACAAUGGAGCGGCCUAGUUCUGACGCUCAGAUAAUUCCCGUUUGCCAUCGGGGAAUAGUUUAUCGCUCGGGAGUAGGAAUUGAGCGGGCAAAAGAUCUAGUCCAACGUGCGGCAGUCCUGUCUGACCAAAAAAUAAGCUUUUACGUCGACAAAAGUAUGAGCACACUGAAAGAAGUUAUCAAUCUUGAUGCUGUGCUGAGUGUUCAUCUUCUCCAAGAUGUCAAAACUGUAGACGGAGAAACGGUCCACUGCAUCGCCGUCAGCUGCAAAGGCAGACCGAGUGUUCAUGUUUUUUACGCAAAAGGAAUAACUGAGCGGAGAAUAUGGGCGCAGAGAAUUCUUGAAGCACUUACUCCUGUUUUUCCGGCUAAAUACUCUGCGGAAUUAACUCGCGCUGGCUGGGCUUAUCUAAAAGAAGGAGUUACUGGCUCUUGGUUUUCGGCAUGGGUUCUAUUGCAGCAGAGAACUUUAAUUUAUACAAAAUCUCUGGACAUUGUUGAAUUUGAACAACUGGACCUGCGCAAAGCGCGAUGUAUUUUGAUAAGAGAACAAGAAGGACCGAUUGAAGGGGCUGAAAAUAUUCAGAUUGUUGUCAUUGAUGCGGGUCAUGGAGCGUUACAUUUAGCAGCUCCAGGUACUCGUGAAGCAUCGGCUUGGAGGCAUGCGCUCCAUCAAGCUGCUACUAGUUGUGGUGCUGGGUUAGAUGAACAGCAACUCACUCAAGAUGAUGUUCCAGUUAUACUUGAUAAAUGCAUCAAUUUUAUUUAUGCACAUGGAAUAAUGUCCGAAGGAAUAUACAGAAAAGGAGGAUCGAGCAGCGCCGUCGUAAGAUUAUUGGAGGCGUUCAGAAGAGAUGCGUGGGCGACCCAAAUCACCCGGGGUUCUUAUUCCGAGCAUGACGUCGCAACAGUAUUGAGAAGAUUUCUUCGCGACUUACCCGAGCCACUUAUUCCACCUUCUGUACACAAUGAUCUUUGCCGCGCAUCUGACGUUGAAGAUGAUGAAGAUCGCGCUAAAAAAUACCGCGAAAUUUUGAUGCCUGUGCUAAAUGAAGUGUCAACAAAAACACUGAGACGUAUAUUGGCACAUUUGCAUUGUUUGAGUCAGCAGAGCUCGCGGAAUUUGAUGACAGUGGAGAAUAUUUCCGCGGUAUGGGGACCGACGUUAAUGCACGCGGGAAGCAAAAGUGCUGAGGACUGGAACCGAGCUGAGACCACUGUCGUUGGAGACUUGAUCCGACUGUACCCGAAAUUGUACCAGUUGUCGGCCGAUGACUUGGCCAAGGAAGCAAAAAUUCUUGAGGUCUUAGAGAGACAUGUUGCCAAUAAUGGGCUGAGAGGGGCUCCGUCAGGCGACUUGAAAAUUUGGAUUUACUUGUUUACCAAAGAUGGAGAGUGCGUCAAUGUCACGAUUGGGCCGCAAAAGAGCGCAGCUGACGUAUGCAGAGAGCUGUCGGAAAAAGCUAAAGUACCAGCACAUGAAUUGUGUCUGCAAGAGUGUACUCUGGGGGGUGUCCUUGAACGUCCGUUGCAUCAUGCAGAGAAAGUAUUGGAGGCUGUUGCAAGAUGGGGGUACUGGGAUCCAGAAGAUCGGAAAGACAAUAUUCUUAUCUUGAAGAAAGACCGUCUCUACAGAGAUAUCGUACCUCGGAUAAAACCACCAAUGACAAUAUCAGGAGAGCUAAAAUUCGCAGAUACUAAAUCCAAGAGUUUCAAAACAUAUUUAUUUGAAUUCAGCCAAGCAAAAUUGUGCUACUACAAAGACAAAGCAUGUGCAAUUAAAAUAAACGAGUGGAAAAUAGAAGACAUGAUAUGGUAUCUAGGGCACGAGUCCAAAAGGAAUCCACAGUCCGGGUGGUCUAUUACGUUCCUCCUUAAGAAUAAAAAACCUACAAGAUGCAAAGACAGUCCAUUCUUCGGUAAUAUUUUAGCAGGCGCAUCAGUGGUCGAUCAGUACCGCUGGCUCGCAGCGAUGCUCUUUGGCGAACACCAGCUAAAUCUCCUGCCCUCAGCAAUAAACUUAAUGGAUCCUUAAUACGACAGUAAAUUUAUACAAAACUAAUUAAACAUAAACUAUAAUCCGAUCCAUUGACAAUUAAGUACAUUAACAAUUUUUCAUAUUCACCAUUUUCUAUUUUUUACCCAAAAGUGUGACGUAAACUUUAUACCUCAACGUAAUUUUAUAAAUUAAGUAAAUUUUUAAAUUAAAUUGUCUGUGAUUGGCAAAAUAUU